AUGUUCUCUGACCACAUGCUUGAUGUAGACUGGAGCGUUGACAAGGGCUGGGGCAAGCCAUGUAUUCAUCCGUACGAAAACCUUUCGCUCGAUCCUUCCUGCAAGGUAUUCCACUAUGCACCUGAGUUGUUUGAAGGUAUGAAAGCCUACCGCGGUGUCGACGAUCGCAUUAGACUCUUUCGUCCCGAACUCAACAUGCUUCGCAUGCGAAAAACGGCUGUGCGAGCUGCUCUACCAGACUUCGAUGGCGAUGAGCUCCUUGAGUGCAUCAAGGAAUUGGUUCGUCUGGACCAAUCAUGGGUGCCCCGUGAAAAAGGCGCAUCACUCUACAUUCGACCGACGCUCAUUGGAACGGACCCUCGACUUGGUCUCAGUUCUAGCAGACGUGCCAAGCUGUUUGUGAUCACAUCGCCAGUGGGGCCCUACUUUACCACAUAUUCUCCGAUUGCUCUUCUCGCCAAUCCGGAGUACAUUCGGGCAAUCAAGGGAGGCGUCGGUGGCUUCAAGAUGGGAUCCAACUACGCACCAACAGUAUACGUCUGCGAAAAAGCCAUCGAGAGAGGCUGCCAUCAGGUGCUGUGGCUGUCCGGACCCGAACACUAUGUGACCGAGGCUGGCGCAAUGAAUACUUUUUUGUAUUGGAAGAAUGAAGAAGGAGAAGAAGAGUUAAUCACGCCCACGCUGGAGAGUGGUUUAAUCCUACCAGGAGUUACUCGUCAAUCUGUACUGGAGUUGUCGCAAGAAAUAGACGGUUUCAAAGUGACUGAACGUGAUUUCACAAUGGCUGAAGUGAAGAGAGCUUUGAAUGAAAGCAGAGUGCACGAAUUCUUCGCGUCCGGAACCGCUGUGGUCAUAACACCAAUUGAUAGAGUGCUGUAUAUUAACGAAGAAAAGGAAGAGACGCUUCGUUUUCCUGCUAUGGAUCGUGAUAAAUCAUUAAUGCAAAGGUUAGAAAUCUCUUUGGCGUGA